UUUUGUGUUUGUCCGUCUGUUUGUGUGUUUGUUUGGGUAAUAUUUAUAAAUAGGUGAGUAGGAUUUUAGCUCUAGGGAUAUUGUUGACUUGUUAUGAUCAAAUUUACUAGAAACAAUUAGAAAUAAGUUCCAAAAUAGGUUCGAGAGCUUGAUAAUAAAAAUAAACCACUGGAAAUCAUUCAAGUGAAACACCUUGGCUCGGGCUAUGCACUAAAAAAACUUUCUAACCAUGCCAACGUAAAAUUGCUAAGCAUAAAAUUCAAGACAAACAAUUCCCAGACAGUGAAAAAAAAAUUGAUUCCAAAUCUUCCAUAAAAAAAUGGACGACUCAUCUCCACCGCCGCCACUGGAAGAAUCUCCACCCCCAGAACCACCUCCAAUCAUGGAGAACGACCCACCGCCCCCACUACCAACUGAACCCCCACCACCACCGGAAGAAGAAGACUACGAAGACGAAGAACAAGAAUUCGACCCCAAUCCCCUCGAAGAAGAAGAAGAAUUCUACUUUUCCACCUUUGAAAACCAGUACAACCUCGAAUACUACCUCCAACCCGAAGUCCAAACAUUAUUCCAAUCCCAAAACUAUGCCGAACCCUCACUCGCACCCGCACCCGCAGAAACGCCCGAGGAAUAUUACAACUACGUCAAAACCACGAUGGAAGAACAAGGCUACGAUUUCCAAGAAUGGGUUCAAGAAAUGAAGGGAGAGCCCGAGUUUUGGUGGUUGGAUCAACAGCAGCAGCCCCCCACCAGCAAUGACUCCUCCCUGGCCUCCGCCGAAGAAACCUCCUCCACCCCAGAAAUCGACUACACCUUCCCACCCCCGCCACCACCCAAAAAACUGAUGGGGAUGAAAUCCUUCCGCUAUUUGGAAACACGCGUGUUGGCGAAUUUCCUCAAAGACUCGGAGGACGAACGGAUGGACAAAAUCAAAGCCCGGCUCGGGUUCAUGAAGAAGGUGAAGCCACCCAAAAACCCUUCGGUCUCGGUGUUAUUCACGGAUAAGAACUAUCCAAGAGGGAAUAGUAAACAGGAGGUGGUGGGGGUCGAGGUAAUUAUUUUUAAAAAACCAUAAAUUAUAGACUUAAAAUAACCAUAAUUAACCAUAGCCCCA